AUGCCGUGUCCCCUGCUAAGACUUCCGAAUGAGUUGUUGCAUCACAUCUUCACCAUAUUGGCCACCGAGCCACCGUCCCGGGCUCAGCUCUAUCUGUCCCCCAAUCUUCAUCUCGUUCGAUCGGGGCCUCAAGACAAAAAUCUCAAGCACCUUGCUCUCACCUCAAGCCAACUUCUAGAUCUAGUCAGGCCAAUACUCUUCUCACAUGCUUGUCUAGAGUUGAAGGAUGAGCCUGAAUUCCGUACCUUUCUGGUUCGCUCGAACCUGAACCAAUAUGUCACUUCUCUCGUGGCCAUUUCUCCACCAACCGCGGUAUAUGCGGAUGAUCCAUCAUGGUGGCGCAGAGUCCUCCGCUAUCUAGAUCCAGAUCGCAUCACCCUUCUAGCUCCACCAGUCUUCAUAGGAGAAACGCUGAGUGCACCGGUUCAAGGCGGUUUCAAUUGGGCAUUUGAAAUUGACCUUCAGAUCUUGCAAUUGGAACGAGAUCCCCGCCCCCCUCGUGAUCUAUCCUCGUUGCAAAACUUAGAAUAUUGCACUAACCUGCUCACGGCUCGUCCAUGGACUUCAAUGGCCUUCAAUGAAUCCUCUUCUCUAAAGGCAUAUCACCAUUACGAAUAUUUCCUGGGUCGCGUUCCCUCGUUUGUUGGCGAAUGGGGUUUUCAUCUCCAGCCACAGGCACACUCACCGGAUGUCGAGGCAAAACCCCCGGUUCUCCCAGAAUUGACGACGAUAUUAGAGAACUUUGUGUCGUUCUCCUAUAUCGCUGUUUUCCCAUUCUUCAACCAUAUGGAGCUCAUAUUAAAUACCAUAUCCAAAAUGGCCAAUCUGCACCAACUGACUAUUCAAUUGGCCCCCAAUGUCAAUAACCACGCUACUGAACUGGAGCAACGUGGUUCACUCGAUCCAAAUGACCCUUGGAUGGAGCUGGAGAGUGCAUAUUCCAUCAUAGGAUGGCAUAUUGAUCAACAUCCCUCUAUCGUCGAAUUCUGCAGUCGAGAUCUCCAUGUUGAGGCAGUACGCGAAGACUUGAUCAGGGUCUUGCAAGAUAACAUGGGAAGCAACUGGACCCAUGAUGAGAUAAUGGCUUUGGCAUCAAAUGUUUAUUCUGCCGAGCCAGCUUUCCCAAUCCUAGCCAAUUCCCUUCUCCCCCAGCCAUGCAGUCCAGCAACCCCCGGCGGGCCUUGGAAUGGCACCGCAGACAGCAACUUGAAUGAUUGGAACCUCAAAAGACACUGGGACGAAGGCAUUCAAGCCUCUCAAUCAACGAUAUUCACAUGCGGCACUAUCAUUGGAUUCUCCAGACUAAGGUCGAGGGAUAAAGACAACGACGAUUAUAUCGCUCAGAUUCCCCGACAUCUGCUCAUAAAGAGUUUAUCUGAGAACCCUGCUUCAUCUGAGCCACGCGUUUUUAUCAUAUUUCCGCGUGGUUUCGAAGCUUUUGCUCCAAGAACUCUACUCAGUGCUCUGCGAUCGAGCUCAAUUGAGCCAAAGCUCUCCCAGGAAGAAGCAAUCAAAAGACUCGACACCGUGCAAUUACUACCGGUGCAUAAUUUUCCAAAUGCAGCCCAGGCCAUUGGUCAAGUCUCGGGGUCACUUCAACAAAUCGAAAAGACAAGGCAGCAGCAGGCAUAUAAUGCGCGAAACAAUCAGCCCGUGAUUUUGAUCGUGGUUGGACUCGACACCCUCGCUGACGGCGUCAUUCGAGCAUCAAACCCAGUCAGAGGAACGGCCUUAUUGUCAGCUACUCUCCGUAAUUUAAACCGCAUGUCCCGAACCCACGCCCCCUACCUCUCAACUAUCCUCGUCAACACCAAUGGACUUGGCCCUGCAGCUUUUGAAUCAACUCAUCAACAGGGUGCAAACCGGACGAAGCCUCAGGAGGAAGAAACUCGUCCAUCGUGGGAUGAUGGCGUUCACUCAAUCUUCCAAACACCAGGAUCGUCGCUUCUCACUACCCUUCUCAUGAAAACGCUUGACCAAGGAAUCGAUACUCAUAUACUAUUAUCUGACGUCAAGACCUCUCAAGUUGCCGAGGUGAUCAAAUCCCGAAUUGGACCUGGACUCGGAAAAUGGAGCGUAUGGGCCCCUAGUACGUGA